AUGCUCAGAUGGACCUGCGGCUGGACGUGGCUGGAUCGGGUCAGAAAUGAAGACGCCAGGACUGCUAUGCAAGCAGCCCCAGCUCAACUGAAGAUGAGAGAGCAGCACUUGCGAUGGUUCGGGCAUGUACUAUGGUUCGAGCAUAUACUAAGAAGCUCACAGAACCAGCCGAUAAGGGAGGCAAUGGAGUUGGAGGCUCAAGGUAAGCGACUACGAGGAGCCCCAAAGAAGAGAUGGAGGACGUGA